AUGAUGAUGAUGAUGAUGAUGAUACAAAUAAAAUAAGAAAUAAUAUAAUAAAUGGAUAUACUACUAAUGAAAUAAAUUAUAAACAAAUGAAAAAAUAUAAUAAUUCAAUCAAUCAAUUAUAUAAUAUAGAAUCAGAAUUAAUUGGAUUUGUACAAAAACAUAAUGUAGUUAUGGAUGAUGGAGCUGUUAUUAAUAAAAUGGCAUUAUUAAAACAAACGAUAAUCAAUAAAAAAAAUCAAAAAAAAUUUCAACCCCCUAAAGGUUUAAGUAUGAAAAUGUUUAUUAUUUUAAUGAUUCUAAUUAUACUACUGAUAUUACUUAUUAUUAUUGGUAUAAUUAUUGGAAUUAUUUAUGCAUAUAAUAAAAAAAAUAUACCAAAUUUACCAUAUGCAUUACCAUGGUGGCGUCGUACACUAAUCUAUCAAAUUAAUAUUGAAACAUGGGCAAAUGAUGUACAAGGUCCAAUUGGACGAUUACAAGAUAUAAUACCACGUAUAGAUUAUUUAGUGAAUCAAAUUGGUGUUACAAGUAUAUUACUUACAAAUUUAUUAAAUUCUGAUCAUCAUGGUAUUAUUGAUUGGAUAACAAUUAAUCAAUCAAUUGAUCCAACAGAAGAAUCAUUUUAUAAUUAUUUACCACAAUUAAUAAAAAAAUCAAAACAAAAAAAUAUAAAAAUUUUAAUUGGUUUACCUAUUUAUACAACAAGUAAUAGACAUGAAUGGUUUCGUUUAAGUCAAUCAAAUAAUAAUAAUAAUAAUAAUAAUAAUAAUAAUAAUGUUUAUAGUACAUUUUAUAUAUGGACUAAUAUACAACCUUUAACUGAUCAACAGAAACGACAUUAUGCCUAUGAUUCUAUUCGUCGUGCAUACUAUCGACAUGUGCAUGGUAAUCCAAAUAGUCCAUUAUUGAAUUUAAGUAACCCUAAUGUUCAAAUGAAAAUGAUUGAAGUGAUUAAAUUUUGGAAACAAAAACUUGAAAUUCAAGGUGUUAUGAUAAUGAAUUCAACUAAUUUACUUGAAGAAAUGGUUCCAGGUAUUAGAAAAAUCUUAAAUACAGACACUAACGGUGGAAGCUGGUUUGUUCUCUCCUACAGUAGUUUUUUCCUGAUGAUAUUCAGCCAUUGGAUAUUGAGUAUCCUGCAUAGACAACUCUUCAUUUCCUACAGUGAAAAUUAUGACUGUGAUAUCAAUGAAGUGUUGACAGAGAAUUCCAUCGGGUUGUACAGAACCUAUACCAUUUUUCAUAUUUUACUAUUUCAUUAUUAUUGUGUUCAAUAACCAGUUGUAAAUAUUUCUUAUAAAAAUUUAUUCUGACGUUUUAUAGACUAAUACCGUCAAUUAAAACACUGAGUUAUUGAUCAGACCAAUGAGGCAUAAAUCAAUACGAGCAGUCUAGAGUAAACACUGAGUUCUUAUUGGACCAUUGAGAUAUUAGCUUCACGUCUAAUCCAGCCGGUUCAGUUCAGAACACCAAUAUCAGCCUUCGCUAUAUGAAUUGUGUAGUUCAGAGAUACUUGGUCUACAUACAAGCAAAUCAAACCGCCUCAUACCAUAAAAUAAAUAACAAUUAUGCAAAAUCAAGCAAGAAGUCGUUGUGAUUGUGAGAGAUUGUAACCAAUAAAUUGGGAACAUUUUAAGAAUAGUAAAUCACAUAAUAGUAGUUGGUAUGUCAAACGGAAGCUUAUAAUAAAAGGGACCCAAAUAUAUAUCUGUAAUUUCGUUACUUAGUGGUUAUACAAUAAAAGUAUAUAUAAUAAUAGCCCAUAAAUAGAUCCUAGCGAUUACUAUUCUCUUAUUCUUCGUCCAAAUAUAAUACCUCCUCCCUUAAUUCAUUUCUUCUGAAUUUAUUUAUGUUGAAUGCAAUGUAACAAACUAAGCGUUCAUCCGCGGGAUCAGAGGUCCUGGGUUGAAGUCCCGCGUGCGGGAUCGUGGAUACGCAUUUCUGAGGAAUUCCAUAAUAGAACGAAACGACCAUCCAGUGCUUCCAGGUUUUCCAUAAUGGUCUUUGUUUAAUCGACCCAUGAAUUCAACUAGUAAGAAUCACCACAAUAUCCACAAAAUCCCAUUCUGAUAAUAUUAAACGGGACUUCUCAAUCAAUAAUCUGGUAGAACAAGAUGAAUAAAGUGAACGAAAUAUUUCUAAUCAAAUAGCUUUUUAUAACAACUUUAAAGUAAUAAUAUAUAUUUGCACAUUUGAAGUCAUCAGUCGAUCGAAGUUCGACCACCAUUAAAAUCUUGAGGGCAUUGCACAGCCAUUUCAAUCUAGUAUGACACUCCUGUGCAGUGCAAAUCGAUGACCCCUCACGUGUAGCUCAAACCCAGGACCUUCGGUUUCGCGCUCGAAGAUUUAACCUCUUGACCAUUGAGCCGCCAUUCAAUAAUGUUGAUGUCCGACUACAAUUAAUCCAUGAUCUUACACAACAUUUCAUCUAUCAACUUUAUAUAAUUUUUUUCAUAACUCACUUCUUUUAGAUGAAUUCAUAUGGUUUGCUGACGAACCAAAAAUGGAUGCCAUGGUGAAUAUGGAACAGAAAGUUUGUUUGCAUACACUUACACUGAAUAUUCGUGUACCUACAAGGAGUGAUGACUUAGAUUCACAAAUUCGACAAGCUAUGAAUGAUACCCAAUUAAGAAAAUGUAGUCCAAUAUGGUUAGUUCAUCAAUUAAGUGAAGAUAAUAAAGAUUUUGAAACCGUACAAAAAUUAGCAUAUUUUCUACCAGGUAGUUAUUUAAUGAUAGCUGGACAAGAAGUUGAUUUGACUACUGGUAAUCAACUACUUAUAAAAUGGUCAUAUAAUAAUAAUAAUAAUAAUAAUA